AUGCUCAUAUUGCAAAAUAUGGAAUUUGUAAAGAAUUAUUAAGUUCUUAUGAACCUCAUCCUGGUAUUCCUUCUCCAACUGAUUCUCAAAUAGGACCUAGCAGUAUAUCUUCAAUUAAUAUUUCUUCACCUACUUUACUUGAUUCUGAAUUUCAAGAAUUAUUUCUUGUAACUAAAAACAAAAGAAAAAAAGCAAAAGCUAUAAUUAGAGAACAACCCGAUAUUGAUAUA